GCUUGGUAUCGCAGCAACCCACUCAAACAGGCCGCAGGCGCGCGGACGGUUACCAAACAUCAAUAACUGUACAGGUCUUAGUGGCGGUUUUUGUUCAAUGAUUUAUAUGUUUUUUGACCGACACUUGGGUGGUUAACUGGAGGGUUAAAAACUAGAUGUGUCAUUUCCGUUGUUUAGUACGGAGAUUUUGGCCCGAUAACUAGCUGGGAUCAGGAGGCGGCUGCGCGGCGAAUGGAGCAGGUGGCCGGCUAUUCACAGGUUCUAAGCUACAGCUCUACAAACUGGUGCAAAGAGUCUGCAAAGGAAUAUUAUGUUGGAAUACAGUGCAGCUUACUAAACCGGAAAUCUCACCUAGGCCUGGAGCAGAUUUCUGCAGUGGCUGCAUCAGGAAGUUCAUUGCUUGGCUCAAAAAAGUACAAGUUCAUUGUAGAUGAUGACACUAGUGAAACUAUCGUGAUCUGCUCUGCCUUCAGACUUCUGGAGAAUCUGCAGUUGGAUUGUCCAGUAGGACAGUUAUUGAAUGAAGCAAUACAAGCACACCACAAACAAUACAAAACUGGAACAUCCACUCUCCUAUUCCUUGCAGGAGCAUGGAGUAAAGCAGUUUUAAAUUGUUUAAACCAAGGGGUUCCCAUUCCGAUCAUAGUAUCUGAGAUGUAUGGAGGGCUAGAACUUUGCUUUGAAGUACUAAUAUCACGUCAGAUAUCCAUAGACAGCAUUUUGGAAAACUCACAGUGUAAACAAAGGUCGCAAACAAUUAAAGCUGAGAGAUUAUCAUGUACUUUAACUAGCUUUCCCACCCAUCCAACAAAUGAAAUGCAAUCAGUUGUAAAGGAACAUGCUCACUUUCAGUCAAAUAUAUCAAUAAAAAUGAAUUCCAGAAACAACUACAGCAUUAGCAAUGAGAAUGGCUCCUCUAUGUUGUCUAUUUCAAGUAAUAUAAUUACUCAUCCCCCUCCUGACCAAGGUCACCCAAGUUAUACACGCAAACAAGCAAAAGCAAGAAUAAACAUGAGCCGACACUUUGUGAAUUCAAAUAUAAACAGACAAGAAGAAGCGUUGCCAGAUUUGUCAAACAGUUUUCAACAGGAUUCCUUUUCCACUUCAGCUGAUUCUACUCGCUUUGCUGCCCUGGCUUUAUCAUUGAGCCACGGAAACCAUAGGAUGAUGAAAUUAGCAAUAGAGGCUUACAAAAUUCAGACUCAAAGUAUUUUGCAAGAAACUAUUAAGAAAAGAACUCUCCCAGAAUUUAACAUUGAUAAAUUGGUUACGUAUUUCUUACCAGGGCCACCUGAGUAUGAGUCCUGUGUUAGUCCUGGUUUUGUCACAUUAAUUUCAGAAGAUCAGUCUAAAAUUGUCCAGGAUUUGGCAACUUUGCCUCUUCAUACUAUAUUUAUAAGUGGAGAUUUGACUGAUAAGUACCGUCAUCCAGGAUUCAACAGAAUUUCAGAUAUAAAAGUGGUCACUCAGACUGUUGAGGACAUUUCCAAAAAUUUAGAAGAAGAAUGGUUAUGUAGAACAAUGGAUGUACUUCAUAAAUUUCAUAUUAAUUUGAUUCUGGUGAAAGGACUAACCUCUCCAUAUUUAAUGAAUAAAUGUCUGCAAGAAAAGAUUUUAGUUAUUCAAGAAGUUAAAGAACCUGUAUUUCAAAGAUUAACAAAGGCUAUGGAAGGUAUCCAUGUAACUUAUAUUACGCAAGUAAAAGAGAAUUGCAUUGGAACUGGAGCACAUCUAUGUUUAUGGAAAAUGGGACAUGGAAAUAUACCAAAUUCAGGAGAAAGAUUUGCUGUUCAGAUAAAUACAUAUAAAACUGCUGUGAUCACAGUAGUGCUUUGUAGCCCCUUAAGGUGUAAGCUGCAGACAUUAGUGGACCAAUUCUGGACUUGUGCAUACCGUCUAAAACAUGCCCUUAGUGAAAGACGCAUCUUUCCUGGUGCAGGGGCCACUGAACUUGCCUGCCUAUGCCAUCUAAAGCAGCAAAUACUUAAAAACUCUCCUUGCACCCUUGGAAUUAAUGAAAUGAGUUGCAGUGGAACGCAUCGUUCUUCAGGGUUUGCAGAAACUGCAGUAUUGUUUAAAUCACAGGUCUUGCAAGCCUUGGCUGGUGGCUUGACUGAGUAUCUAGUGACUGCUAUGUUUAAUACUGGCAUGUAUGAAACACCACUAGAUGCUUUGUCAGAAGUGCAAAAGUGCCUUCACGAUAGUGAUGGAACAUUUCCUAUCAUUUCAGAGUUAUCGGAGCAACAUGUGAAAGUCGGUAUACCAUGUAGAAGUUCCUGUAGCAGUCUGAGUGAUGACUGCUUUGAUUAUGAAGUCUAUGACAAUGUAACAGUUAAGCUAGAAGCUUGGCGAAGGGCUUUGAAUCUAGUGCUACUGGUACUGCGGGCAGAUGCUGAAAUUAUCACUGGCACCAACGCUAAAGCCUGUACAGUUAGUGAAGACCAAAUAAGAGAGGGAACAUUCCUAUAGCAUGAAUAACAAGAUCAGCAAGUAUGCAGUUUCCAAAAUAGAAGUCAAGCAUAAAGGUUUCUGCACUCGUUCUUCACUGCACGCACACCACAUGGGUGCUAGAAGAGAUAAGCUUAAAACAAAAGAAGACACGCAUAUGUGUACAGAUUGAAAGUUUAAUCUAGUCGUGAAUGUGGACAGCAAGAUAUUUAAGCUGCCACCAGAGGUACUCAGCCCAUUACAGGAGGUUUUGGACCUUCUAAAUUUACUGAAAAAAGGUUUACUUGUUGGAUUGCCGCUACUUCUAUUUCUUGUUAUAGAACACAAAUUAGCAAAUUGGUACAAUAAAAUAUAGACAGCUGGAAUUUAUUUUGCAAAGUAUGUUGUACUAACCAAUAAGUGCAAAUGUCUCAAGAGGCUCAGGUUCAAGUUCCACCCACAGCAGAGUGUGUAAUAACAUCUCUAAAUAAGUUGAUUAGAAAAUAUUAAUGUUAGCCAUUAUAGUAGUAAGUAUCACACAUAGAUCAGAAUCUUCCCGCUCCUUUGGUGACUGGAUUAUAAAGUUGUGCAGGCUGUGCAGUAAUCUAUACAGUUACAAGUCAGAUUGAGUAACCCUGUGCAUAUUUGCUGGAGGUGGACUACGAGGAUACUCCAGUUAUGACAAUCAAAAAUACCGCUAUCUCUAAUUGUGUCAGUUCCUGUCGAGCGAGGAGAUGGCUUCAAAGAUCAGAAUCCCAUGCUCCUACUAGGGAGCUCACUGGCACCAAAUAGCAGACAUUUGUUCAAAUCGCAACCUUGCCACUGACAAAUAAAAUUGUUGAAAUGGAUGUCUCCAAUUGCCAUAUGCAGCCAAGCUUCAAUUUGCUUCAUGAGCACUGAUGGUUGCUGCCAUACAUCCCUAUUGCUCCAUGUAUCUGGCCCUUACUAACAGAAAUGCCUCUACUGUCUUCACAAUAGCAGUGGGUUCUGUAGUGUGAGGGGAUUGUAGCUGCCAAGAUAUCAUGUGCUCCAGCCUCUGAUCUUCAUCUGAAACCCUGAAUUGGAUGGCAGUGGUUUCCCCUUAAUUAGCUAUCUCCUGGAAAACUCUUCAAGUUAGCAUACAUCUCACUGAAGUGGGAUCAGCUCCCAGAAAUGUACCUGACCUUUUAUUAUCUUCAAUGUGCAGAGGAUUCUGGCCAAACAUUUGAAUGUUCUUUUGAUGGAGUUUCCUUAAAGGAAGUA